CCACCAUAGAUCACUGACAAUUUACUAAAGGAAUAUAGUUCAAUCUGAGAUUAGAUGAGUUGCUCACAGUCACUAAGGGGUUGACAUUUUUGGGAAGAAGGUGCAGUUAGAACCAGAGCCUAUAAACUGAAAAACCCUAUUACAGAAUCUUGACCAGUGGCAUGAACGCGUACCCAGCUUCAGCCCAGCUUGCAGCUUGAAACAAAAAGGGAAUCAGGUGCUUAGCCGAGGGACUUGAAAAUUAAUACAAAUAUUCUUUACCACAGGACACUAAAACAAUUGAUUAUCCUGGCAAAUAAAGAAAAAGGAGGCGAGCACUCCGUUUUUGCAUAAAUCAUCCGAUAUUUAUUUACGGGACAUGGACAGGUGUAAGCAUAAAUCCUAGUCCCCAGAUUCUAGGAGAUAGUCCGGUGUCCUAUUGUGACAUAGCUACAUGGCUGACAUAUAGACAAGACCAUGUGUGUGCGAGCGUUGCAAAAUAAAUGUACACAUACAGUACCAGUCAAAAGUUUGGACACCUACUCAUUCCAGGGUUUGUCUUUAUUUUUACUAUUUUCUAGAUUCUAGAGUAAUGGUGAAGACAUUGAAACUAUGAAAUAACACAUGGAAUAAUGUAGUAACCAAAUAAGUAAGUAGCCACUCUUUCCCUUAAUGACAGCAUAUACCCAUGUGGGUGAUUGAAAGAUGAACAAGGUCCACACUCCAGUCCAGUUGGAGUUAAUGCACCUUAAAGGUGGUUGCCAACUGCCUUAUCAAAUCAAACAACCACCCAUAUCUCACAGUUUAGAUUAAUUCUUUGUCAGUGAUGAGCACCCAACAAUACCUGUACAUGUAAUAUUUUUUGGUGGGUAUGAAUAGAAAGAGAAGAUGAAGGCAUAUAGUAAAAGCAGUGGUGUAAACAUAGCUGGCGCUAGCCUUUUGGGGGCCCUAAGCAAGAAUUGGUUGGGGGCCCCACCACCUUGUUGCAAAAACAUUUUAGUGGCCUCCUUAUGACAGCAGUGAGAAAAAAUGAAGUUUUAAAGGUACACUAUGCAGAAAUUUCUCCAUUCCCUAGAUGCUAAAAAUUGUCACAAAAUAAGCCAGUAUUGUAUAGAGAAUCCUUGUACCAUGAAAUAUAUUUUUAAUAAUCCAAAAUAUUGUAUUUUCGGCUGUUUGAAGCUGGUGUACAAAAGUAAAAGAUGCAAAAAUAAAACUUAAGAAUAGGAAGCAUAGAAAUAGUGCACAUAAACCAGAUCUACUGUGUCUUAGACUUUCAAUUACAAUGACAGAUCUGUAAGUCACAUUUUAAUGUGAAUUUGGUUGGUUGCCCAAAAAGUUACAUAUUGCAGCUUUAAGGUUAAUUUCCUGCAAUUCUACACAUUUUGUCAUGGUGCUUAGAUAGUGUUGCAGGUUUAAAGCAUGUUUUCUGCAAUUCUACAAAAUGUUCCAUUGGCUUAUGCCUGGGUAUAAAGACUAUUGUGUAACACUCAUCCCAAGCUUGACUUCUCAUCUGUCGGAGGCGUGGCCUAUUACCCAAGUGUCGCAUCUCUUUUCCAAGGCGCUCUGCCUUACGACAAUAGCCUAUAGAACAUUUAUGCCACACCUGACAAGACUACAGUACGACAAACUAUUAAGUCAGUCUUUUUGUGAAGCCACACUGCCGAUCUGGCACAGGAACCAGUGCGACAGCGCUGCAGUGGCCCGAACCGGAGGAGAGGUUUUCAUGGUGACGCCAGAGGGUGACAGCCAGGGACAAACACCCGUAUACUCUGUCUGGAGAUCUCCUUAUAGGCUAAAUAACACGAGGGGAUGGAGGGUCAAAGCAUGUCUCUACUCGGCAAGAUAAUGGCAGUUAUAGGGAUAAGCGUGGUAGCAGGUCUCAUCGUGCACGUGCGAGACCCGUUGGACUCAAUUUUAGGAGGUGGAUACCCGGAGCUGUGGAGGAAAGCGGGGCUGGCAGGUGCCCCAGCCCGGGCCGUGGCUUGCAUCUUCGCCGGGGUUUCCCUUCUUGCUAUGGGCUGGCUAUAUAGACUACUGUUUGCCCCCCUGGAACUGCUCAGAACUCCCGACGAGGUUGGAUACAUUGCCGAAGACGGUCGCUCCCGCGCCCAAGCGGCAAACGAAGUGCGUCGGAGACGGAAAACUGGCGAACUGCCACCCGUUUAUCCCAACGGCUGGUAUCGAGUAUUGGAUUCUCACAUGCUGGAGCGAGGGGAUGUCAAGAACGUAACUGUUUUAGGUGAGCAGGUGGCAGUGUUCCGGGGCACAGAGGGCAAAGCCUACGUGGUGGAUGCCUACUGCCCACAUCUGGGGGCCAACCUGGCAGUGGGGGGACGUGUGGUGGGGCAGAGCAUAGAGUGCCCGUUCCACGGCUGGCAGUUCCGGGGGGAAGACGGAAAGUGUGUGAGGAUCCCCUAUGCAGAGAAAGUGCCAGAGUUUGCUAAGGUGCGCUGCUGGCACAGUAUGGAGACCAAUGGUCAGCUUCUGGUGUGGUUCCACUGUGACGGAGAGGAACCUGGCUGGACAGUACCGGAGCAGGGGGAGAUCACACGAGGGGAAUGGGUCUACCGGGGCCGCACUGAGCACUUCAUCAACGCACACAUAGAGGAGAUCCCUGAGAAUGCAGCAGAUAUUGCCCACCUGGCCCACUUGCACACACCAGGCAUUGUGAGUGGGGUUGACCUGCGCUACACCAACAGCAAGACCUGGGAGUUUGUGAGGCACGACUGGAAGGUGCAAUGGGAAGCUGAGUCUGAGCCCACUAAGCACUGCUCCCAGAUGCUGGUGAAACAUGCUCUGACUGUGUUUGGUCGCCACUGGCCUCUACUGGACAUGGAUGUAGUGGCUCGACAGGUUGGUCCAGGGGUGGUGUUCCUGCUGUUCGACCACAGUUUCCUGGGUCGGGGUGUGAUCAUGCACUGUGUGACGCCCGUGGAGCCUCUAUUGCAGUGUGUGUCCCACACCAUCUUCUACCAGAGCAACAUCCCCCCACUGGUGCCCAAGUUCAUCCUGAGGGCAGAGUGCAUCCAGUUUGAGCGGGACGUGAUGAUCUGGAACAAUAAGAAGUACAUCUCUAAGCCCCUGCUGGUGAAGGAGGACUCUGCCAUCCAGAAACACAGGCGGUGGUUCAGUCAGUUUUACAGUGAUAACAGUCCUCGCCUGCGCUACCAGCACAACACACUGGACUUCUGACCUCUCACGCACUGAAAGAAGCACAGGAAAGCCAAAGGAGGUACUGGUCCAAAAACACGUUCAAUGUCCAAAAGGUAUUCAAAUAUAAAAGAGAAGAGGACACCCUUGGACUCUGAAUGGGGAUCAAUUUAACACCAGAAAAUUGUUAGUCUUUUGUAGCAGCCAUAAUGUCAAUUCAGUCAGCUCUUUGAUGGUUAAUGAAUUGUGGGAUCUUGUGAUUAAAAGCAGCAUUUGUUAUUGUUUUGAUAACUGAGCUGCAACCAAGUGCCCAAAGGGACUCUUGUUCUUCCAAAGCCCCGAAGUCGUGCUCCACAUUUUCACUUAAUUGGACUUCCGUAGCAAGAAAAAAUGCUGGUGGGAGGAUUCAUCUUCUCCCCUUCUUGUUGUAUUUCAAACAAAGCAACUGAAUGCCCUCACAUCUCCCAUCAGAGUUGUACAGGUGUAAAAAGAGACCAGACUAUCUUUGGCCAGUUCAGUGUACGAAAUGAACACUCUCCUGUGGGAACUUGGUGAGAUUCGCUCUGGCCUCGUUUAAGUGCCAAGCUAUAGCUAUUCUGUGAUCCUAUAGGAGUGAUGGGACCUGAGGACUGCUCCCUUUUCACUCUUCUUUCUUUUGAUUUAUUCUGAUCGCUCCUGGUGUCUUCAAUCCAGUUUAUCCACAUCUCAAUCGUACAGGAUUCAGCCCAUAUUCCUGUGAAGACCCACAAGAACCAACCAAUAUGAAUAGAUAUGCCAGAAUUGCCUAGCCUUUAUUGUCGCUGAUAGUAAGAGUCUAUACUGUGUGAAUGAACAGGAAUGUAUUGGAAACCGGUGUGCUGUCUGUACAUUGUUAUAUGAUUCCUGCAGGCUUCAGUUUGAUCUCUGUACCUUCUGGCAUUAUAGACCUGUGACUACCAUACAAAAUAGGUCAGUGUAAAAAACAUAACUCUCUAUAACUUAAAACAUGUCAUUUCUUUUCAGCCUAAGCUCUCAAGGAAACUCCAAAUCAGGCAAUCAAGACUUGUGAGGACAUCACUGUGUUCCAAAAUGAGUGCUUAAAGCAUUAAUGUUUAAUGAAAGCUGGCACCCAGCCCCAGCUUCAGGCCCUUUCAGGAGUGUUUGUGUCCCCUGGUGAAUAUCUUAAAGCUCAGUUGCUGAUUGACCCUGCCAACUGAUAGUGGUUCCCUCACGUUCCCCCUGAAUAGAUUGUGCAGUUCCUUUGUACUAUGCACCAGUGCAGUAUAUGAUGACAGUAUUGGAAUGUUGGUACCAGGUAGUUACCAAUAUGUUGCAUUUGAAUCGUUUGAAAUAAGUAUUAGAAAGUAUCAAAACCAGGUGGACACAGUAAAAUGAAGUACUACCGCACACUGUGUAGACAUGAGGAUAACAAUUAUAGUCAAAGGUCAUUACUCAAGACAGUAUGCAGAAUAUAUUUACAUGUGGAUCGCUUAUUGACAAAGCCAUUUUGACAAAGCAUUUAGCAGAGAUGUCCUAUAAGAAACUCAGUGUUGUUGUUUGUAGCUUGUUCUUUCUCUAUUACAUAUCUGUGAGUCCGGUUUGUGAUGAGGAAAGGCGGGGUUAUCCAAGGAGUUUCAUGGCUUCAUACCGCAGUUGUGCACUAUAAUUUGCACUCAAAUGUAGCAAAUAUCAUGUGGCAAAAUUGUUUGAUUGAGUUGCUUCGCGCCAGACUUAAAACAUGCUCGCUAAUGAAAAAAGCUGUGAGAGUGCUAACAUGGUGUUACUGUGCUAAUGAUACAGUACAUUAUUACCAUAUUAGUGCUUUGUGACUAUGCAGGUCUAUACAGACCAUUGGUAUGUACUUGCAAUUAUAUGAUUCUGUCUGUCUGCUUUGAUGGAAGCGUGUGCACAAUGACCCGUGAAUGAGUGUACUGAUAGCGCUGAAUGUGCUUUGUGACUGUGUUGAUGUUCUGGGUCAGGGGUCAGGAUAAGUGUGACUGUUCUAACUGAUCUCAGUUGUCCCUUUAUGGCCAAUAGUCACAGUUACCCCAAAGUGGGGAGGUUGGUUUAGAAAAAUGAUUAGCGAAGGUAGAAUAGCACAAUAAUACAUGUUUAACCCACCUUUCUUCAUAUGACACACACAGCAGAUUGGAAAGAUUAUUUUUGUAAAUGCAUUGUCUAGAAAUGCAGCAUUUAUGUAAAUCAGCAGAAUAAACAUACUCAAAUCUA